AUGCCUCCCACCAACAAGGCCGCCCUGCUCCCCAGCGCCCGCGCCAAGCCAAUGCGCAUCGAGGCCGUCGACUACCCAACGGUAGGGGAUGGCGAGCUGAUCAUCAAAGUCGCCGCCGUGGCCCUCAACCCCAUCGACUGGAUGACCCAGGCCCUAGGUGACCACCUCUUCAAUUGGCUGCAAUACCCCUUCAUACCGGGCUUCGACAUUGCCGGCACCGUCGUCGAAGUUGGCUCGGGCGUCGCUUCCUUCACCUCAGGAGACCGUGUGCUCGCCUUGGCUGCAGGCUUCACCGCGCGUGAAGGUGCGUUCCAGGAGUACGUCGUUGUCGGGGCGAACCUGGUCACUUGCAUCCGGGACACGCUGCCGUUCGCAGACGCCGCAGUGCUGCCGCUCGGGCUGGCAACCGCCGCGGGCUUGCUUUACGAAUCAGAUGGCUUGGGUCUCGCUCUCCCCAAGGUCAGCGACGGUGGCAACAUUCAAGAAAAGAAGACGGUGGUAAUCUGGGCCGGCGCGAGCAGCGUCGGCGCCAACGCGGUGCAGCUGGCCGCGGCUUCGGGCUACGAAGUCUUCACCACCAGCUCGCCGCACAACUUUGACCUGUGCAAGUCGCUGGGCGCAGCAAAGGUCUUUGACUACAGGAGCCCGAACCUCGUGGCCGAGAUGGCGGCGGCGCUCGAGAACAGGACUUUUGCGGGCGCUGCCGCCAUCCACGAGAGUUCAUUCGGACAAAUCUUUGAGCUGAUCAGCAGGAGCGAGGUUCAGGGCAGCAGAAGAGUCGCGUUGGCGAAUCCACUGAGGGAUGUGACGCCUCCUGCGGGUGUCACGGCCAACUUCAUUCUCGGCGGCAGCAUCAAGCAAAACCACAUCGGCGCCGCUAUCUUUAACGAGUUCCUUCCUGCGGCGCUCGCAGCGGGCUCGUUUCAAGCAAAGCCGGCUCCGCUUGUGAUUGGCAGGGGGUUGGGGUCGUUGCAGAAGGCCAUGGAUCGAGGCAUGGAAGGCAAGAUUUCGGCACAGAAGUUAGUGGUCAGCUUGGAAUAA